GUUUGGCUGCUUCCUUCUUCGGGUCGGGUUUCUUGAGCGGCAUCACGCCGGGUCUUUGCAAAAGUGUGGGGAUGAGUCCUGCUGCCCAGCGAAGCAACUGAACGGAGGGAUGAAAGGCAAAGUCGGCUCCUUCCCUUAUAUACAGAGCCCUGUCCUCACCCCGGAGGGGCAGGCCAGCUGCUGGAGCAACUGCUACUUACUAUAAAAGGAAGAAAACUCAAACGAGAGGGGCCCCAACUUGACAAUUGCCCAUUGUCAUCGGCUCCCGGCGCAGCAAAGCCACCAGCCACCACCCGCCCCCCAGCUGCAAAAGGGGGGACGCCUUCCCCUUCAGCACCUGCACCGGGUGGGCUGCAUGGGGGCCGCUUGCUAAAUGAUCACUGAAAGCCUAAAUGCAAACGGCCCUGGGUGCCUGGCAAGAAAAUAGCAACACGACGGCUGAUAAACCUGCCGCGAUACCCAUGGGAAAAGCGCGUCUGUUUUUCGGCAGGCCUGCAAGGGUGGAUGCUGCAGAGCCCUGUUUAAGACUGGGAUUUACAAAGUGCUGCUUCAAAGGAGCUCAGUCCUCGCUGAACAAUCCCCCCAGCCUCGUGCUCAGGCUCUGGUUUGCCUCAGUCUCUCCCCAGGGCUGAGCCUGUGCCCUGGAAAAGGCCACGCUGCAGGUGAGAAGCUGAGCUCACCUCCGUCAGGAUGGCUAAGGAGGGUAACGCAAACAAUGGCUGAAGUCAGGCAUUUAAUUCAUCACCUCAGGAUCUUUCACAGCCCUGCACCACUCAUCCCCAAAACCCAUGGGGCAGAGCGGGCGAUAGGGUCUCCCUUCGCCUCCUCUCCAGGCGCUGGGCAGGCUCUGCUAGGAGAUGCUCCUGCUCUCGCCCUCCUCUCCCAACUGUUUGAAGGCCCACAGAAGACGCUGAGGUUCAGCAUCCCGGAAAAUGGGGCCCAAGGGUUACACCGAGUCUCCUAAACCAUCAACUUAAAUAUAGCCAGAUUGCAGGAGAGCAUGGGGGAAGGGAAACCCGUCACCGGUUUGCACUGGGGUCCCAGAGCUGGUAUUUUGGUAACAGAAAUAAAUGGGCAAAAAUUAAUUAUAACAGAUGACAGCAUCUUCUCUGCUGUGGAGAUGCUGCCCGGCCUCAUUUCUCUGACCCGUGCUUGCUUAAACUGGGCUGCAGGGAUGGUUGCAAGCCGCUGGGUGGAACAGGAUCCUGCGAGAUGCUGUUAGUCCUGGUGCGAGGGCUACGAGGUCCUGGGGCUGGCCAGAGUCUGAGCCAUUCUGUUUGUACAUACAUAAAUAUAUAAUAUGUGUGUGUAUAUUUAUAUUAAAAUUUUGUUUAUACAUAGAUAUGGAAAGUUCAGUUAUAUUUAUAUUUUCAGGUGGUUGGGUCAGGCUGGUUCAGGUCAUGUUUAUCACAGAAGCUCAGGCUUGGCAUGACAGGCUUAGGUUUAAUCCUACUGUUCGGAGCUGCUGCUGCAACGCUAGGUGUGAUGGGGACAGGGAGCGUCACCAGCUGAACCCUGUGCCCCCCCAGCCUCUUCCCUGCCAAAACACUGCUCAAACAUCAGGUCGGAGGCUGAGCCGUCGCCAGCAGGGCUACAGGGGUCUUUCGGGAGGAGGCAGCAGACACAAACUGCUGGGAAAUUUCCUGCUGCCAUCAUCUCAUGAUUGCUACCGUGGAUUCGAGGGGCUGGAUGAUGGGGCUGGGUGGGUGUCGUUUCCAAUGAUUGCUUUCUAGAUCUCUCUAUAAUAUAGCAAGUAAUUAAGAAAAAAAACCCUCAACAUGUUUUGCUAACUGCAAACUCAGAGCCUGCGUCACAUUUCACCUGCAGCAGGACUCAAAUUGCCCCUAAACGUUGCUGCCUCCCCCUCAGCCAGCAUCCACCCAUACACCCAUCCGACUCCAGAAUAACCUCACCUUAACGCCAUCCUCACUCCCCAGCAGCUUCUGGGUCAGAAAUCAGUACCCAGAAGAGCCUUCAAAAAACAUUAAUCCUGCAAUUUAACUGCUUAUCCUUCUCCUGUCCUACAUGCCCAUGCAGCAUCCGGACGAGCAGGGCUGGUGGCGGCACCCACGCGCUGGGCCGGGGCGGUGGCUAAACUGGGCUGGGGAGAUGGGCAGCUGCCCAAGAUGCUCCUAAUCCCUCCUUGAUUUACAGCUGGUUGCCGUGGCAGGGAAAGCAUCCGAGAGGCUUGUUCUCCUGUCUGAUUUAAUCAGAGGGAGCAGCAGCACCCCCUGAGCUCUGUCAUUUGGACUUGCUUUGCUCUCUCAGCGGCUGAUACGCCUUCCCUCACCGCAGGAGCCGGGAGAAAGUCUGACCCUCCUCCAAGCAGCCACGGGGGCUUGUGGUUGGGACCAGGAUGAGCCGCCCUGCCAGGAAAACCCUGGGGGAGGCUCUGGGGGUCUGCCCUGCGCAGGAUUUUGCCCUUAUGGAGGCAGCAAGAGCUGCACCCAGCCAUGGAUUUCACGGGCCAGGGGUGAGGUCCCAGCUGGGCACUGGGCUUUUGAAUUUCAGCCACAUCCUACUAAUGACAACCUGCUCGGGGAACAAGGACUCCCCGCUCUGUGCCCCCGUUUCACCAGGGUGAUGUCUGGGCUGCUGCGGGGACACACGGUGUUCGAGCUGGCAGGUUCAAGCCAGGCAUCUGCAUGAUCCCGAAACACAGGGACAGCCCCGGGGCCCCCCUGUGAGGACGCAGGUGACAAGGGACCGCUCUGAUGGGGACAGUGUCUGCUGCGGUGGGACCAGCUCCAACCUACCUGUUCGGUUUAUCUCAUUCACGGGCUGCAUGAAGCACCCAUCGGAGCGGAAACUCCCUGCUGCCAGGACUGUCCGUCUGUCCUGCCGGCCCCCAUCCACAGAAGGCUAAAUGCAGCUGUGCAGUGAGGUCCUUUUGUAAAGCAAGUGCACAAAGGCAGUGAGGUGCUUGUCCUAGUGGGGAGUGGGACUGAUCCUGGCAUGUCUCCCCAAAACGCACCCCAACCCCGAGAGAAGGAAAAGGGUUAAACUGGCGUCUGCCUGAAAGACAUCCCAUCUCGGGAGCAUCAGUGCCGAGGUGAUGCUCACGUGCUUGCACCCUCUGCCUCCCUGCCUCCAGCCACCUCGCUGGGAUUUUCCUCAAGGUCCUUCAGCUCCUUGGGACCGGUCUGGGGCUGGAGGGGACCGAGCAGUGCAGGGGCAGCGAGGGGAUGCUGUGACAGCUGAAAAAUGAGCCACCAGGCAGUGAGAGAAGUUUCUGAAAAGAGAAGAGGAAUCUGCCUUGAAUGAAGAGGAUUUUAGCACCUAGGGCUAAGCCAAUAAACCUCUGCCAUCCCCAUCGGAACGGGAAUUGUUUGCACAUACUCUAGGAGCUGCUUAAAGCAGGCGAGACGCGGAGACUGAACAGCAGCAAGCAUGGUGGGGGAAGAAACCCCCCUGCCUGGUAAUUCUGUGAGCAGCUCCCUAUAGCACUGCUGGGGCAGUGCCUGCCGGGACAGGGGACUCACCUCAGGGUGCUCCCCCAGCCCUGAGCACCCAGGGACGGGCUGUGCCCUCGCUGGCACCUUGCCUCGCCAGGGACCGCAGCUGGGAAGGUGCUCCCAGAAGAUGCUCUGUCCUGCUGAAUGCACCAGCCCUCUCUGUCACCUGCGGCCCAGGGCCAGCAGCAAUUCGGCUGUCCCCAGGUGAAGGCUUUGCUUUCUCCAGCUCACCAUCCCUGAGCUUCCCAUCGAGCGGCGUGGUGGGACCAUGGCGGCAUCCGUCCCUGUGGGAGGCAUCACGGCGGCUCUCCUCUGCUGCUGCCUCCUAAGCUCUGCGUGGGCUCUGGUUGACCCCGAUGAUGUUCUCACAAAAGAAGAGCAGAUCUAUCUCCUGGUGGAAGCGAAGGAGAAAUGUCAGAGAGACAUAAAAGCCCAACUGGAGAAGAUCAAAGACACCAGCUGCCUUCCAGAGUGGGAUGGGAUUAUCUGCUGGCCGAAGGGCUCCCCCAGCCAGGAGGUGUCGGUGCCCUGCCCCGACUACAUCUAUGACUUCAACCACAAAGGUCAUGCCUACAGGUACUGCAGCGCCUACGGGAGCUGGGCCAUGGCUCUCAGCAUCAACAAGACAUGGGCCAAUUACACCGAAUGCGCUCUGCUCUUCUCCUCCGAGAGCCGGAGCCGCGAGAAGGAGGUGUUUGACCGCCUGCACCUGAUGUACACCAUCGGCUACUCCAUCUCCCUGGCCUCCCUCAUUGUUGCUGUCUGCAUCCUCUCGUACUUCAAGCGCCUGCACUGCACACGCAACUACAUCCACGUCCACCUCUUCACCUCCUUCAUCUGCCGGGCGGUGAGCAUCUUCGUGAAGGACGUGGUGCUCUACUCAGGCACACUGGCCAGCGAGACCGAAAAGAUGCGGGAGGACGACUUCAAGGCAGAAAUGGGUCCCUCACCGGGACAACGGAGCCACCUGGUUGGCUGCAAGGCGGUGGUGACUCUCUUCCUCUAUUUUCUGGCCACCAACCACUACUGGAUCCUGGUGGAAGGUCUCUACCUGCACAGCCUGAUCUUCAUGGCCUUCCUCUCCAACAAGAACUACCUGUGGGUCCUCAUCAUCAUCGGCUGGGGUCUCCCCGCUGUGUUUGUGUCUGUCUGGGCCAGCGUCAGGGCCUCCCUGGCGGAUACAGAGUGCUGGGACCUCAGCGCAGGGAACAUGAAGUGGAUUUAUCAGGUCCCCAUCUUGGCUGCCAUUGUGGUGAACUUCUUCCUCUUCCUCAACAUCGUGCGGGUGCUGGCCUCCAAGCUCUGGGAGACGAACACGGGGAAGCUGGACCCCCGGCAGCAGUACAGGCAACUGCUGAAGUCCACGCUGGUGCUGAUGCCGCUUUUCGGAGUCCAUUACGUGGUGUUCAUGGCCAUGCCCUACACCGAAGUCUCCGGGGUCCUGUGGCAGAUCCAGAUGCAUUACGAGAUGCUCUUUAACUCCUCUCAGGGUUUCUUUGUGGCUUUUAUCUACUGCUUUUGCAAUGGGGAGGUGCAGGCAGAGAUUAAGAAAGCCCAUUUUCGGAGAAGCCUGGCUCUGGACUUCAAGCAGAAGGCGCGUGCCACCAGCGCGGCAGGGAGCUGCUGCUACGGCGGGCUGGCCUCCCAGGCCACCAGCAUGAGCCUCGUGGGGCGAGGGGCAGGGAGCGCGCAGCAACGCGGGCCGCUGCUCCCUGCCCGUGCCAGCCUGCCAGGCUACAUCCCCAGCUCCUUUGCCUCGGAUAACUUUUUGCCCUGUCCGCCCCAGGAGAUGAGCCAUAAAGCCUGUGAGGAAAACAUAAUGGACUUAACAGACCUGAAUCAGCGUCACCCCAACCUACACAAAGAGCUGGAGACGAUGCUAUGAAGUGAACAGUGUGUCUCCCAUCCGACCAUCCAGCUGUGCCCAGAAAGGUGCCGAUCCUCUUGCUUUGAGCUCCUUUUACGCUUGCGUGGAGAGCUACGGUAGGGGAUAGCAGCUGGAACGUCACAGUUCCCCUUCCCUCGCAGCCGGUGUGCAAAGGGACCACGUGCUCUCGCUCCUUCUACCCUCCUGGCCCAAAAACAAGCAGCCAGUUCAUAACCUCAUUUCCUUCCACGGCCAAGUGAUUGAUGUAAGCGAUGUCUGUGCACGCUAAGC